UUUGGUUAAUCCUGAAGUGGUGUCCCUAAUGGCGACCCGGCUCAACAUCACUUGGAGCACAAGUCCAGGCAAUACUGGUCUCUUCGAAACAUGUUCGGUCUCCAUAACUAGUGGGGAAGUCAUCAACAGAGUCGUUGCUAUAACGACCCAUCCGCCAGCGACACUGUCAGGACUUCACCCAUACACAGAGUACACGUUCUACAUGAACUGCUCAAACAGCUUAGGAAUGCGAACCCGACUGGAGUUUCCGGCUCAAACUACACUGAAAGCUGAGCCUCAUCCUCCCACCGACGUAACGGUAACGGAAGUGACGCAAACAUCAGCUGUUGCAUCAUGGGAACCACCUCGCGUAACCAGUGGGAAUGGAAUAGUCGACGGAUACGUGGUCUUCGCAGAGCUUCAGAACUGUUUGUCUAGCUCAUGCUCUACGGUGUUGACAAGCAAGAUAAUCAUGCAUAUUUUAGCCUGACAUUUUCAGAGGAGGCUUAAAGACCAUUUUUGUAGUGUAAUCGAUAUGUACAAAUAUUAAUUGCUGAUAGUUAGGACAAACAUUAUGGCGUUUCCUGCCUAACAACACUAUAUAUGCUUUUCAGAUUCUGACUAUUGAAAUACAAUUAUUCGUAACAGGUGAAUGAUAUAAGUUUAACCAGGCACUCAACAAAGAUACA